UGGGGUACUGAAGCCGCUUCUGACAGAAAAUCGCCACCACAAAUUCACAAUUAGUUUGUUGCGUUGUAUUUCUUCUCACGAAUUUCCACGUCUUCAUAAAACAAUAAAUGAAUGAAGGAGCAGAAAGCGGACUGUUUCAAAUGCGUGUUUUUAGGCUAACCAAAGAGCAGCAAAAGAGGUUCGAAGCAGUUAAUGAUAAAGUCAUCCAAUGCUGCUGAAGUGUGCGGAGUGUGUGAGCAUAUAAAUAGACGAUCUUCGGUGCUAGCUAAAAGGCUACGGCUAACGAGCCACCAGAGGACCCGGGCAGCUCCGCUCCUCGCCUCGGUAUGCUGCCCGCGGACGCUACCAUGACCUCCAUCGUUCAGAGAAUAGCCCGGCAGGCUCUCAUCACCUUCAGGAGUCCGCCCCGGGUCGGCGAAGAGCCCGGCAAGUCUUUCCUGGAGAACCACAGCAAGUUGAAGAGCCUGAUGACGGAAGUGCAAGCGGCGGACCUGAAGCUGGUGCCGCGAAGAGCCGACGAUAGCCCGCCCGGCGUGCCGCCUCCUCACCCGUACCACCACGGUGCCCCGCCGGUCACCUACAUGCACAUCUGUGAGACGGACCACUUCAGCAUGGGGGUGUUCCUGCUGAAAAGCGGCGCUUCCAUCCCACUACACGACCACCCGGGGAUGCACGGCAUGCUCAAAGUCAUGUACGGCAAGGUCAGGAUCAGCUGCUUUGACCGGCUGGAGCGGCCGACCGGCGGCACGCAGCCGGCGCCCGCGGCGGCCCAGAUGGGCGCUCUGCGGCGCUCCGUGCUCCGCUCCACCGGGGAGUACACGGAGGAGAGCGGCCCGUGCGUCCUCUCCCCCGACCGGGACAACCUGCACCAGAUCGACGCCGUGGACGGGCCGACAGCGUUCAUGGAUAUCCUGGCCCCGCCGUACGACCCGGACGACGGCAGAGACUGUCACUACUACAGGGUGCUGCCCGGAGCCGAGGUUACAGACACGGAGCAGACGGGGAAGGAGCUCUGGCUUAUGAAGAUCUCCCAGCCUCCGGACUUCUGGUGUGGAGGGGAGCCGUACCCGGGCCCGGAGGUCUGCCUCUGAUCAGCCGACCGACCUGCAGCCGCUAAAUGUCGUCUUUUCUCGGGCUGGCGUGGUGCAUGCAGGAGGCUCUAGGGCUUGGUUGGAAAACUGGAGGGUCUCAAAAUCAAUGACACGUUUAUCAGUGACAUAAGAAUGUAAAGUGUAAAUUAACUGGUCAAAUUUGGGCUUUUUAGACAGAGUUUCACAGCAGAAAUGGUGCAGCACAGAAUCAGCCGACCUCAUUGUUGGUUUUUAAAAGGUGAAACAUAAGUAGUCAAGUGUCCAUUUCACUUUGACAAAAACUGGAGCCUCAGGCAAUUCUUCCUGCUAGUGCUGUGAAAGAUAAUGGGAUCAGGGAGCAGAUAUUUGCAGCUCAUUAUCCUGCUGUAAAUGCACUAAUUAGUUCUCUUUGUUGUGUGAAUACCAACUAAGAGAUUUCAGAGAUUAGCUCUAUUUUUAAAAAAAUGGAAUAGUCAUGAUUCAUUUAUUCUAAAAUUCAACUUUCUGGGGAAACAUUUCAGUCUCUGAGGCUCCAAACCUCAGGACAGCUGAGCAGAAUCUGAUGUUUCAAUCACUCUGUGUGUCAGAGGUUCAAACUCUGCAAUGUCACUAUUUGCAUUUCUGGACUAAUAUGGUGUAAAAACCUGAGAAGCACCAGAAUUGGAGGCUAAAACAAGAUCCAGAACAUUGCUUUUUCUUGUGCAAGUUGCCAAGAUGAUGAUGAUGUGCAGGUUGCUAAUGCUGCUUUCAAGAACAGUCGGGAAGUUUGUUAGGGCUGACUGCAUCUUGGUCGAAGUCUUGAAGGUUUAUAUAAAGUUUAAAAAUAGAAAUACACACACAGCUGCCUCCAGAGACACUAAAUUUCAGCUUUGCAAGUCUAAAAUCAAUCACUUACUGCUGGUAAAUGGCUCGUUCUGUUCAUUAAUGUCAUAUUUAUUCCACAUUAAAUGCAUGGCAGAUGCAGUGCUCGAAUGUUUCCACACAUGAUGUUCCAGACUUCUGGCUGAAUGCAGCAUUUAAAGGUGGACAGUGUUCGUCGCCCGGGACCAUGGAGGGAUUCUGUUUUGAUCGUCUUCCUGCUUCAGCCUUUGUGAUGUUUGUUCUGCUCUGAUAAAGAAACUGUGUGAACCUUCAGGUCUCUUUUGAAGACUAAAAUGCAUCUAAACCUGCAGGUGAUCAUGAUUCUACAAACUGUCUUUUUAUGCUGAGAACAUUUUCAUCCUCAGGACUGUUUGUGAGAUUUUUUUUUUUUUUUUGAAAGAUGUGCACUAAAUCAGGCAUCAAGGCUCAAACCUUCCUAUAGAAAGGAGAGAUUUCCUUAAAUCAGCCAAAACUGUCACUGUAAUCACAAAAUUCAGACUAAGUUUGUUUUCUCAGUUUAAUGUUGCAGUUAAUCAGAAUAUUGUUCCUAGAUUAAGAAAUCUGAGCUCAGAAAACAAAUCUCUGCCGCAGUAAUAUUCAUGUUUCGUUCAAAUAUUCACAGGGGAAUUGCUGAAAAUGAUGCUUGUUCCAAAAUUAGUCGUGGCAUGAAAUUAAGCUCUAAAAUUCACAGGGCUGGGGGUGUCUGAGGUGAGUUUCCUUUAAAAGUGCACACAUUACAUCAGCUGCAGUGCUGUAUUACUGUGGAGAUGUUUACAGGGCUUCAGUUAAGCUUUUUCAGUCAGAUUCAGGCCUAAUAAUCCAGUCGGUGUUAAAUGAACUGUAGACGCGUCGAUGUAUUUUGCCUGUAAUGAAGGUUUUCUGUCUCUUCAUAUAAAAUGUGCUGUUUA